AUGAAAAUACGGCAAACUGCUCGAUUUUCAACACUAGUGGCCAUUGCACUGUUGACGUUUGCGGUGACUAGUCCAGUCAUCUCAGCUGCAAAGUGCUCCGUCUCAUGGUUAAAGAAACAGCCUAUUCCUGUUCCUGUGACCACGACUGCGCCGGAAGAUGCAGCAGCAAUGGACCAUGUUCAGGACAUGCUAAACGUCGCCCAGAACAGUGCUGAGGAUAAUGUCAAGUCGAACGGUUUGGGCGAAGGUGGUUCGACCAAUGAACCAACUGGACCAGUCAAAUCUACUCCGUCUACAUCUUUAAUCGAACACGCUACUUUUGGUAACAUCAUAUCAGCUAGCGGCGAAUGUGUCAUUGGCAACCCAAACGCGCAGCUUCUUCGUGAUGAUAUCGAUUGGGUGUGGACGAAUACGAUGAGUAAAUACAUUGUGGGGUUUUCGAACCUUAUCUUCGACCAGCUUGUGACUAACAAUGGCUCACUUAGCUAUUGUGUGCGGUGGGAUACCGAUAAAAAGUUGACAAAAAUAAUGGCUUCUAAGUUUCAGGCCAUACUCGAAAAGCAGAUUAACCUGUGGAACAGUUGGCUGGUUGGAUAUGAUUGCUGGCCGUUUGACAAGAUCGAUAUUACCGUCGUAGCCUUUGCCGUCCGGGACAAAUCUAUCAUGGACUGGAGUGACGACUCACUGGGCAUGAUCUACGAGGGAAUUCUAGACGAUGCAGGCAGUCCAAUGUGUCCCGAUGAAUGCUACAAGCACAAAGGACAGGCUGCUAGUGCAGACACAAGCGCGUGCAAGGGCAAACCCUUUGACAUGUCAUUUUGGCCGUCUACAAUGCCGGAUAAAGACGCCAGUGGCAUGGGCGGUGACUGGGGUCAGCGCGUGGAGGUGAAUCACAUAUUGGACUCUAUGAAUGAUGACCAUAUGAUGGUUUUGCUGCAUGAGAUCGGACACGGCUUUGGUUUACCAGAGAUGUACUUGGCUGAAAACAAGCCCAGUGGAUAUCCUCCUUGUGUAAUGGAUGACGGUAUGACGCUUACGGAUGGUGACGGCUGGCUUUUGCGAAAAACUUGGGAAAUGAUCAAGUUUCGCUAUGCUAAAUAG